GCAGGCACGGCGAUGACGGGUCUACGGCCGCACCUUCUCAACGAACAGGGCAGCGAUGACAACUUCUCCGACGACGAGAGCUCACCGCUCACCCACGACAUCUAUGGCGGCAGCACGAGGACAGUCCAAGAAACCAAGGGAUGGGACGUGUUCCGAGACCUUCCACCCAAGUCGGACAGCGGCUCCAUGGAGUCCCAGGUCUGCCUGGAGUUCACAGUCAAGAUCCUCAAGGUGGUCGCCUACUUGGUCACCUUUAUCAUCGUCCUUGUGUGUGGUGUUAUCGCCAAGGGAUCCGUAUUCUUCAUGACGUCACAAUUACGACCCGACAGAGUCGUUCCAUAUUGCAACAAAGAUCUCGGAAGGGACAAGCAGUUCGUGGUCAACCUACCGCCAGAGGAGCGUGUAGCUUGGACUUGGUGUCUCCUGAUUGCUUUCACAGUGCCGGAGCUUGGAACUCUCCUGCGGUCCCUCAGGAUAUGCUUUUUCAAAUCCUGGAAGAGGCCACCAUUCGGCGACUUUCUUUUCGUCUUCAUAAUGGAAACCCUGCAUACAGUUGGUCUGGGCAUGCUAGUCCUCGUCAUUUUGCCCGAGCUCGACGCCAUCAAGGGCGCCAUGCUUACCAACUGCGUCUGCAUAGUACCUGCUGUUUUAAGUCUGGUGUCUCGCAACACUAAGGGUUGUACAACACGCUCAGAGAAGACUGAGGUGUACAUGAAGGCGCUGGUGGACAUAAUGGCUAUAGCCGCUCAGGCCACAGGCCUCGUAGUGUGGCCACUUCUGGAGGGUGGUGAACAGCCUAACCUGUGGCUGAUUCCUGUCAGCCUUGUCUGCAUCUCCUGUGGCUGGUGGGAGAACUACGUUGCCAAGAACUCUGUUGUAGUCCUGACUAAACCGUUGUGGAGGAUAAAGGACAGACUGAAGCGCACUCGCUACUUCACUUACAUCUUCAUCUCUAUUUGGAAAAUCCUAUGUUUCUUUGUCGUCACCUUGAUGGCUGUUGCAUACAGAGGAGAAAGCAUCUCCAAGUUCUUUUCUUCCUUCAGCUCUGGAUUCUCUGCUCAUAAAAUCAGGAUCACUGAGAUAAAGCCAAUGUUCAGUGGUACCAGUCUGCCAGAUCUUGCUGAUGUCGUACCCACAGGAGAAGUAAUAGAUAUAGAAGCUCAAUACAACACUGCUGUCUAUGUGCUCCUUAUGCAUAUUAUUUCUGCUUAUCUCUGCUACAUUUUUGGCAAGUUUGCAUGUAAGAUCGUAAUCCAAGGAUUCAGCUAUGCGUUCCCUGUGAACCUGACAAUCCCAGUAACCCUCUCUCUGCUGAUUGCUAUGUGUGGACUCCGACAUGAUGAUCCUUGCUUCUUUCACAACACCAUACCUGACUACCUGUUCUUCGAGUCUCCUCCAGUGUACUUCCUCAAUGACUUUAUCUCAAAACAGCACGCCUGGGUGUGGCUACUAUGGCUGCUAUCCCAGACUUGGAUCACUCUGCACAUCUGGACACCAAAGAUUGAGAGGUUGGCUACCACAGAGAAGCUGUUCGUGUUGCCUAUGUACAACACCUUGCUGAUAGACCAGUCACUAGGUCUCAACCGCAGGAAAGACGACGGCAAUGAUGUCAAGACUGAGGAACUGGCGGAUCGUGAGAAGGAUCCUGACGAGUACUACGAGACAAUCUCAGUCCAUACAGACAACAGCAGCACUACACCACGCACUGUCAAGAAGUCAGACAGCAUCACACGGAUCUACGCGUGCGCAACCAUGUGGCACGAGACACGCGAGGAGAUGAUGGAGAUGUUGAAGAGCAUCCUGAGAUUGGAUGAGGACCAGUGCGCCAGGAGAGUGGCUCAGAAGUACCUCCGAGUUGUGGAUCCUGACUAUUACGAGUUUGAAACCCACCUCUACUUUGAUGACGCAUUUGAGAUCAGCGAUGUGAAUGAUGACUGGUCGCAAGUGAACAGGUUCGUGAAGCUCCUGGUGUCGACUAUUGACGACGCGGCAUCACACGUCCACGAGACCAAUAUCCGCAUUAGACCACCUACCAAAUAUCCGACUCCGUACGGAGGACGACUAGUGUGGACCCUGCCUGGCAAGACCAAGAUGAUCUGUCAUCUGAAGGACAAGGGCAAAAUCAGGCACAGAAAACGGUGGAGCCAGGUCAUGUACAUGUACUAUCUGCUGGGACACAGGCUCAUGGAGUUGCCCAUCUCUGUGGAGCGCAAGGAAGUAAUAGCAGAAAACACCUACCUGCUCACGCUGGAUGGAGACAUCGAUUUCCAGCCUCAUGCCGUCCGUUUGCUCAUUGACUUGAUGAAAAAGAACAGGAACCUGGGUGCUGCCUGCGGUCGUAUCCAUCCUGUCGGCUCUGGUCUGAUGGUGUGGUACCAGAUGUUCGAAUACGCUAUUGGCCAUUGGCUGCAGAAAGCAACUGAACACAUGAUCGGCUGUGUGCUCUGUAGUCCUGGCUGCUUCUCUCUGUUUCGAGGCAAGGCUCUGAUGGAUGAUAAUGUUAUGAGGAGAUACACGACCCAGUCCAACCAGGCCAGGCAUUACGUGCAAUACGAUCAAGGAGAGGACCGAUGGCUGUGCACCCUCUUGCUGCAAAGAGGUUACAGGGUGGAGUACUCAGCUGCCAGUGAUGCAUACACUCACUGCCCUGAAGGGUUCAAUGAGUUCUUCAACCAGAGACGACGUUGGGUACCUUCCACCAUGGCUAACAUCAUGGACCUGCUAAUGGACUCUAAGAAGACGAUUAAGAUUAAUGAUAACAUCUCCAUGCCUUACAUUGCUUACCAGGUGAUGUUGAUGGGAGGAACAAUUCUGGGCCCUGGUACGAUAUUCCUUAUGUUGGUUGGAGCUUUUGUAGCAGCAUUCCGCAUUGACAACUGGACCAGUUUCUACUACAACAUCAUCCCCAUUUUGUUCUUCAUGUUAGUCUGCUUCACCUGCAAAGCCAGCAUUCAGCUCCUAGUGGCACAGAUGCUGUCCACGUCUUACGCACUUAUAAUGAUGGCAGUGUUUGUGGGUACAGCACUCCAGCUGGGAGAGGACGGUGCCGGUUCACCUUCAGCCAUCUUCUUGUCUUGUAUGAUGGGGUCGUUCUUGAUAGCGGCCAUUCUACAUCCCCAGGAGUUCAAGUGUAUCCUGCCCAUCCUUAUCUACUUUUUGUCUAUCCCGGCCAUGUACCUCUUGCUUAUCCUCUAUUCAAUUAUCAACCUUAACGUUGUCUCCUGGGGAACACGUGAGGUGCAAGUCAAGAAAACCAAGAAGGAAAUGGAACAAGAGAAAAAGGAGGCGGAGGAGGCCAAGCGACGUGCUAAGAAGAAGACACUUCUGGGUUUCUUGCAAGACAACAGUAACCCCUCAGACAAUGACAACGAUGAGGGCUCUUUCGAACUUUCUUUCGCGGGAUUGUUCAAGUGCAUGUUCUGCACAUACCCUAAACCCAUUGACGAGAAACAACAGCUGCUGCGGAUUGCAGAAUCUUUGGAGGGUCUAGGAAAGCGUCUGGAAAGCAUUGAGAGAGUGGUGGAUCCUCAUGGUCAUGUAGUGGUGGGCAGGCGCAGGACAACUUCUACCUCUAGCCGAGACCACCACAACCAUCAUGGCGGACACAUGGGCGCAUUGGCAGAGGAUCCUGCUGAGGAGGACCAAUUACACGACGACGAUACAGAUACUGCAUCCACCGGCACUGCUGGAGAGCCGAAAAUUGAACGAAAUGAUGAAAUAAACCCAUACUGGAUCGAAGAUAAAGAGCUUAAGAAAGGCCCUGUCGCUUUCCUCUCUGCUGGAGAAAAUCAGUUCUGGAAGGAUCUACUUGAAAAAUACUUGUACCCCAUUGAUGAAGACAAGGCUGAAAAGGCACGGAUCGCAGCUGAUCUGAUCGAGCUGCGGAACACGUCCGUGUUUGCGUUCUUCAUGAUGAACGCUUUGUUUGUGCUUAUCGUGUUUUUGCUGCAACUCAAUAAGGAUCAAAUCCACGUCGAGUGGCCUUUCGGGGUCAAGACGAAUAUCACGUAUGUGGAGGAAACGGCUGAGGUGCUGAUUUCCAAAGAAUAUCUGCAGCUCGAGCCUAUCGGUCUGGUGUUUGUGUUCUUCUUUGCCCUGAUUUUGGUGAUCCAGUUUACUGCCAUGUUGUUCCAUCGGUUUGGCACCAUCUCGCACAUUCUGGCCUCCACCGAGCUCAACUGGUGCUGCAAUAAGAAGGUCGAGGAGAUGUCAAACGACAAACUGCUGGAUAAACAAGCGGUGGACAUAGUGAGACACUUGCAGCGUCUCAAAGGGAUCAACGGAGAUUAUGACAAUGACUCGGGAUCCAGUGCUGAUCGUGUGGGCCGUCGCCGGACCAUCUACAACAUCGAGAAGCAACGGCAGAAGACUCGGACAAUUGGCACACUUGAUGUGGCCUUCCGUAAACGUUUCCUGCAGAUGAAGAUGGAGGAAGGGGAAGAUACUGCUGGUACACCGAUACUGGGCCGCAAGCUAACUAUGAGGCGAGAGGUGCGUGAAGCAUUGGAAGUGCGCAGACGAUCACUCCAAGCUGAGCGGCGCAAGUCGCAGAUGCAGACACUGGGUGCGCACAAUGCAGUGGCGCGCAACCAGCGGAUAUCCAACGCAGGCGUGAGUGUCAAGGAUCUGUUUGAAGGCCAUCCUAACCCAGCGUACGAACCAGACGAGGAUACAGGAUCUCUGAUCAUGCAGAACGUCAAACGCAACUGGGCGGAGCUCGAGCGUGCCAAUAGCCAUAUGUGAGCAGUGAUGUGGUAGUAGAUAAUGUCUUAUUCUGGAUAAGUUAGAGUACAAUGUGAAAUAUGUCACUUAUACCAUCUCUGUAAAGUAAUCUUUUUUAUAUUCUUAGCGAAAACAUUGUUAAAAUUAAUCUUUUUAGUAUACUUUCAAUUUAAAUCAUUAAGACUGGGAGUUAAAAAUCAUUCUAAAAAAAUAUCUUGACUUCUAAUGUUAAAUAACUUUGUUCAUAGAUCAAGUAACAGGAUACUGAAUUAACUAUUAGAACUUAACGAUAACUGUCUCAACACCUGCCAACACACAUACUGCCUUAACAUAUUACUGCCUAAUAGGAAGUAGAAGUGUACAUAUAUUAGUUAGUUAGGUAAAUACUCUCAUUUUAAAUCUCAGACUGCCUUUUUGAUAUUCCUUAACAUUUAUUAUUUUUUUCUUUUCUUCGUACAUUUUUAAGAAAAAUAUGUAUCCAAUAUUUCUGUGUUAAGAACACAGCCAACAUGUCUUCUUUAUCCGUUAAAUGCGGUAUAAUUUUCUAUGUGUAGUUUUGUUGUCUUAUUUGCUCAAUGUUUUUUACCGGCUUUCCAUGACUAUUUUUUAUAUACUACUUUAAAAGUAAACUAUGUUUUGCCUUAGGUCUAAGAGACAGAGGUGAUAAUGUAGUUUGUUAUAAGUGGCUAUGGUUUUAUAAAAUCAUUUGUACACUUAAUAAACUUGUGAUAUUUGUCAA